UCCUUGCGUUCCCGCCGUCUCUUUCCCAUAUUAAAACCCCCUCUCGCCUCCCCACCCCCUCAAAAGGAGAGGAGAGAGAGAGCUCUGUGCACCCCGGUCUAAUGGCGAGAUCGAAGACGAAGCAGCUCUCCUACAUUGCGGUGCCCUCUCAGGUCAUCCACUCCAUGUCCUCCUCUUCUCUCCAGAACCUCAUCCUCUCGCCCAAGAAGUACUCGCGGUCUGGGAACUGCCUCUUUUCUCUCACCAUAAGCCCAAAAUUCUUUCUUUUGUUCCUCUUUCUCUUCGCUUUGGUCGGAACGCUACAGAUCGGGUUCCACCUCGACCCGCUUCUCCCCUUCUCGCCGAUGCCCUGCUCCACUGUCGGCCAGGGCACAGCGGCGGCGGCCGUCGUACGGACGGACGACGUACGGACGGACGAUUCAAUGUUCCCGAUCACCGCGGCGGCUGGAGGAGGGGAGUGGAAGGAGGAGUUCUGGAGCCAGCCGGAGGGGAUGGGGUACCGGCCGUGCCUUGAGUUCAGCAAGGAGUACCGGCGGCGGAGCAAGGGACUGCGGGCGGACCGGCGCAGGUACCUCCUGGUGGUGGUCUCCGGCGGGGUGAACCAGCAGCGGAACCAGAUCGUCGACGCGGUUGUCAUCGCCCGGAUCCUCGGCGCCGCCCUCGUCGUCCCCAUCCUCCAGGUCAACGUCAUCUGGGGGGAUGAAAGCGAAUUCUCGGAUAUAUUCGAUCUGGAGCAUUUCAAGAGAGUUCUUGCGGACGACGUGCGCGUGGUGUCGUCGCUGCCGUCGACACAUAUAAUGACGAGGCCGGUGGAGGAGAAGCGAACCCCUCUCCAUGUGUCACCACGUUGGAUUCGGUCAAGGUAUCUCAAGCGGCUGAACAGAGAAGGGGUUUUGCUUCUGCGCGGCUUGGAUUCCAGGCUGUCAAAGGACCUACCACCAGAUCUCCAAAAGCUGCGAUGCAAGGUUGCAUUUGAAGCGUUGAGGUUCUCAGCUCCCAUAGUGGAGUUCGGCAAUGAGCUUGCCAUGAGGAUGCGAAGCAAGGGGCCAUACCUUGCACUACAUGUACGAAUGGAGAAGGAUGUAUGGGUGAGAACUGGUUGUCUUCCUGGCCUUAGCCCCGAGUUUGAUGAGAUCAUUCAAGAAGAAAGGAAGCGCAGACCGGAGCUCCUCACUGCGAGAUCCAACAUGACUUACCAUCAACGCAAGCUCGCUGGCCUCUGCCCAUUAAAUGCGCUAGAAGUCACCAGACUGCUUAAAGCGCUGGGAGCACCUAAAGAUGCGAGGAUAUACUGGGCUGGUGGGGAACCAUUUGGUGGACCAGCUGCCUUGCAGCCGCUGACCAGAGAAUUCUCUCAUUUCUACAGCAAGGAGAAUCUAUCCCUGCCUGGUGAGCUGGAACCAUUUGCCAACAAGUCUUCUCUUCUAGCUGCUAUCGACUACAUAGUUUGCGAGCAGAGUGAUGCCUUCAUGCCUUCCCAUGGAGGGAAUAUGGGACAUCUGAUGCGGGGGCACAGGGCAUUUGCAGGGCACAAGAAGUUCAUAACCCCGAACAAGCGGCAGAUGCUCCCUUACUUCCUUGACACCUCACUUCCGGAAUCUGAGUUCCAUGGAAUCAUAAAAGAACUGCACAAGGGAUCUCUUGGGCAGCCCGAGUUUAGGAAGGUCGGGAGGAGGGAUGUCACAGCCUAUCCAGUUCCUGAGUGCAUGUGCAACAAUACGAACGCAAGGUCGCCGUUGUAGCCAGAGUUCGAAGGCUUUUUGUCUUCAUGGAACUAGAUUGCAAUGGAGCAUUCUCCAGAGACAUCGCCCUCAAGUUUUCACAGAGCAGCCGAGGCAUGGGGGAUCAAUUUCAAAAUGUGAGGGCUUCCUGCUGAUCUGGUACCCAAAAUUUUGCCUGGAAGGACAGUGUGGUUGGCUUCUCUCCAUCUGAAAACAGAGAGUCCAGCGUGGUUGGCUUCUCUCCAUCUGAAAACAGAGUGUAGUGGGUUUCUCUCCAUCUGAAAACAGGUUCACGUUAUAUAUACAGAAGUGUAAAGAUGCACAGCUCCAAACGAAUUCACACAGAGAGCCCCCUUUUCCUGUAUGUAUAUUGCUGUUGUUAUUCAUGUGUCUUGGGAAUCAAUUAUGGGGAUGAUUCUUUGAUUAUUUAUAGCGCUUGUUUGAUGUGUCUAGCGAACUAGUUAUAUGUACACGUCCAUUUUCAAAUAGGAGGUAUCAUAAAUGAUUUAUUCCGGUGAAGCUUUUGUUUA